CAUUGUCACUCAUGGAUGAGCAGCUCGUUUUUGUUGUUCUCUUAGGAAUUAUUUCCUCCAGUCAUCAGUGGAUCUCUGGAUCUGUGUUGGAGGUGACAGUCCGACAAGGUGCCAACAUCACUCUCUACUGUGACUGCAAAUAUUCAACAGGAGAGUACAUAGUGUGGUUCAGGAACUGUUCUCAUGAAAAUCAGCCGACACUGGUUCUAAGACAAACGCCAAGAGAUAUAAUUAGGUCAUUAUUAAAUUACAUUUUCUUUUUUGAGUCAAAGUAUUUACUGAAUUCUUUGCCUCGUUUUCGUUUAUUGCCGAACUGGUCCUCUAGUUCCUAUGACCUUCUGAUCCUGAACUUCACUGAUACUGAUGAAGGUUUCUACUACUGUGGAACUGAAAAAUUAACAGUUGAGGAAGGACUGAAACAUAUUGGUCAACAAUAUGUUUACACUUAUGGAAGUAUCACGAGUCUACUAUUCAAAUCCAGUCAGACUCUUGACCCACCUGCACAGGACGGUGCUCUGUGCUGGACGCUGCUGUUUUCUUUGUGUCCAGCUUUUGCUCUUCUCUCGUCUCUGCUCUCCUCUCUCCUGGUUUAUCAUCUCUGCCGGAAAAAAGGAAAGGAUCCUCAAAUUGAAGCAAAAGGACCUGACACCAGAGGUCAAACAAGAAAGAAUCAGGUACUAGCAGCAUUUAACUGAUCUCUACAAAGCUCUAGUCUCUGAUGAAGAUGUGCAUUAUGCUGUACUAGAAAUCCGACAGGCGUCACAAAGACCAAAGAGGAAGAAGAAAACACACACUUCAAACUUCAGCACCUACGCUGCCAUUAAUACUUCAAGAGUUUGAAGGAGAAGCGAAGAAAGAUUUGAAAUACAGUGAAGAAAAAAACAGAAAAGAAAAAGGAAGAUAAAAGCUGGAUUGUAAAGUUUAUGUUGUAUGUAUACAGUACAUAUUAAAGUAAGUGCGGUUAAACAUCUGUCUGAAUGAAUUUUCUUAUCUUUUGAAGAAACUUGAAAAUCUUUACUCAUUCAUUUUCACGUAAAUAUCAUAAUGUUGUAAAACACUCUAUGCUAGUAUUGUGACCAAGUUUGAUGGUUUGUGUCUUUGCUGUUAGGAUUUGGUUUUCUUUCCCUCACAAACAGUUUUCUGCAGUUUCUACUUUUGUUGUUUUUGAGUUUUGGUUUCAGAUUGCCCUGAAGACUGUGUCAUGAAUCUCAUUGUAAAUUAAUCAAAUCAUUCUUUGAAACAUAAAUGCUUGUGUUUCAUUUCCUCAUGUCACAUCCACAUAACAAAUGAA